AUGUCCCAAAAUUCACAUACUAAUAAGUAAUUUUCUUUCCACUCUACAAUUAAAAUCAAAAGAUUCCCCAUGUUGGAACCCUUGUUUAAAUAAAUCAACCAAGUUGUUCCCUUAAAUACUCAAAGGGGAAGAAGCUUUAAAUGCUAUCUAUUUAACACAACUGGAGGAUAGUGCAAGUUUAGAAGGAAGACUUGUACAUGUUCUGAGUGUGGAGGAACAAAUAUCUUCGUUGAAAAAUAGAAUGCUUUAUAACCCAUUACCUACAUCAGAGCACAUCAUGUAAAAAAAAGAAAGAGGAAGAUGCAUCGUAAUAAAGGAGGUGGCAGACAAUUAUCAGCCAUGAUCACUAGAGUGCCUCUUAAGAUAGAGGAUAUUACCAAUCUGAUUCCAACAAGAAAGGAAAGAAAAGCAAAAACAUUACUCCAAAACUAAAUUAUUGAAUAAACAUUAUUAAAAUGCAAAAGACUACUCACUAAAGAUGACUCCGAUAUUGGGUAUGAAUAUUUCUUUGCCAAUGAAUUGAAAAUUGCUUAUUAGACUCAAGAAUUUAUGACGAAUAGUACUUUUGAAAAAACUCCAACUUAAACCAAGCAACCAAAUGGCAAUUUUACGACGAGUCAAAGAACAAUUGAUGAAUCUCAAUUGACUAGUGCUUAGAAUUUGAAUAUUAAUUAGAGUCAAGUCUUAAUCACUCAACUUCCUAGAGUCAAUUAUAAAAUUAAACAAAAACCUUCGCUACAUAGUCCUAGAAUCUAUCAAGAUAUUAUUUAAUCACACAAUCUUAAGCCCAAUCAGACUGUGGAUAAAUAUGUAUCUCAAAGUGCUCAUUGUUCGCCAAUGAAUAUCAAAUUACCCUUGAUUAGUUAAUAAAAAGUGAGCCAAACCAAAAGAAAGAAAUCAGAACAUGUUUAUUUGAAAGGAUCUCCUUUGAAAUUACUGCAUGAAUUAAAAUCUUAGAUUUUAUUAUAAAAAAAAAUGAGCAAAUAAUGA